AUGGUCGGAACAAUUCCGAGAUCAAGACGCAAGGAGCUGCUGCUAAGGGUCAAGUCUAGGUCGAGUUGUUCAACACUUAUUGGUCACUCUGGUCUCCUCGUGCCCAAUCCUGCAAGUCUUGCCAAACUUAUGACUGAUUGGGCGACAACUGAAUCUAGUUGCGAGGAUAGAUCCUUUGUCUUGAACCCCAUCUCCCAGUCGAUAUUUGAGCUCUCUCAGGAGCCCAAACACGAGUUUCAACCAAUUGUCGCCUUCGAACACAUAUCGACUACAAUGAACAGGAACGUAAUGAACCCGGACCUGCGGGCUGAGGUAAGAAAAUUCAUUCUGCGAGAAGUUGGACUGGUGCUGAAGGACCUUCACGCCAAGCACUGGAUACACCUAGGGCGAAGGCUCCUCGAUCGCAUCAUGGGAAAUGUCAUGUGGCGUAGGUCGGAAGGGCAAAUAGGGAAGAAAAUCGGCAAGCCAUCGGAGGUGUUUUCUUUUGGACUUGUGGUAGACCUCGAUCAACUCAGGAAAGAAGGAGCCGAGCCUGAGCAGGUGAUUUUGUACAAAUUGCUCUCAUCCUUCGGGCCACUUUCAGAUGAGCUCGUAAAGCAUGUCAAUGACGAGUAUGGGGGCGAAGUCUUAAUGACAUUAUCGCAGGUAAUAGCGGAUGAAGGCUCAAGCGAGCACUUCGACCAGUGGGACGAGACAGUAUAUCCAAACUCGACCCAGGGAAGAGAGCAAAAUGGAUGAAAUUUUGCAGAAUCCUUGGUGGAAUGAGGUGAGGGUCACGAG